UCUGCCCCUCACACUCUCCCCCACAGAUGUGCAUGCUGAACUGAGCAGGACAAACACACGUAAGGCCGCUGGCCCCGAUGGCAUCCCCGGAUGUGUACUCAGCUCUUGUGCUGAGCAGCUGACCAGGGUCCUGACUGACAUCUUCAACCUGUCCUUGGCCCAAGCAAAAGUCCCCACGUGCUUGAAAUUAGUGUUGCACGGUGUACUGAUACUUGAAAGAUCCCACCUCCACGAUCCAUGCAUUUGUCAGUCUCUUCCUCCGCCCACCUGUCGGCCAUGUCGCUGAAGGUGCAGACCAGCAACGUGACCAACAAGACGGAUCCAAAGUCCAUCAACUCCCGGGUGUUCAUCGGCAACCUGAACACUGCGGUGGUGAAGAAGUCGGACGUGGAGACCAUCUUCUCAAAGUACGGCCGUGUUCUGGGCUGCUCCGUGCACAAGGGCUACGCCUUCAUCCAGUACGCCAGCGAGAGGCGCGCCCAGGGGGCCGUGAUGGGGGAGAACGGGAGGGUGCUGGCCGGACAGACGCUGGAUGUCAAUAUGGCUGGAGAACCAAAGCCGAGUAGACCCAACAUCCUAAAGCGAUCAGCAGCUUCUCUCUACAGUGGCUAUGAGUUUGACUAUGAUUUCUACAGAGAACACUUCUAUGACAGGUUGUUUGAUGGCCGGGUGUCUCCAGUCCCUCGGGUGGUGCCUGUGAAACGCCCUCGAGUUGCGAUGCCUCUGGUACGACGGGUCAAAUCCCUGCCGGUCAAACUGCUGGCGCGUAACCCUGGAGUCCUCCCCACCAGCAACGGCAACAAACAGAAAUCAGGGAGAGGUGCAGAGCUUCAGGCGAUCAAGUCAGAGCUGACUCAGAUUAAAGGAAACAUCGAGGCUCUGCUGGGCAGACUGGAGCAGAUCACAGAAGACACACACAUCACCGCCACAGAGCUGAGGAAGGCCGAGGAGUGUACGAGCGAGGAGGCGUGGCAGGAAGAAGAGUCAAGCUCAGAGCUGGAGGAAGGAGAGGAGCACAGGCAGAACAGUGAGGCUGAGGAGGAGGAGGAGGAAGAGGAGGGAGAGCACACGCAGAACAACACCCACAACCACAUGCAGGAGAUCAGUCGCCUAUCAGAGAUGCACUCCAUUCACCCAUGAGAGUGAGGUUGGACUGUGGAGGAAAAGACACACGGAGAGAGAGACAGACAAAGGAGGCCAUCAAACAGCAGGGAUCCGGACACACACACUCACAACCGUAAAACACACAAUAGAAAGACAGACUUGACACUUUGUCAGAGCCACAGGAAACACUUAAACAGUGGGGUACUGCCAAAACACAUCAUAAACUGAUGAGUUACACACAGUAACACACACAUAGAAGAAAACUCUGUGUCAGAGCUGCAGGGAGACAGUAAAACAGCAGGCUGCUGUCAAAACAGUUUGAG